AGGCUUGAGAUAGAACCUUCUUUACUCAAAAGAAUUCAUCAUCACCAUCUGUUUCUUAUUUAAGCCUUCUGGGGAGACCAGAUCAACCCAUAAACCCUGAAACCCUGAAAGAGAAAAGAGGAAAAAAUGAAGGGAGUAUCUCCAACAGUCUCCAUCAUCAUUUUCAGAGUCAUAAUCACUCUGCAGGGACUGUCAUCCCUGGUGAAUUCACAGACUACAGAUUCCUGCAGCUCCAAUCCAAGCCUAGGUUUGCCCUUUGACACAAGUUCCCUCCAGUGCCUAUCUGUUUGGAGCGGCGAACGUUUCAUUCUCAGAUACGCACAGAACUCGUCGAACGUAUGGAGCUUCGUUCUCUCCGCCCCGGAUUCCAACAACUAUAUUGCGAUUGGGUUCUCAACCAGUGGGAAAAUGGUUCAAUCAAGCGCUGUUGUAGGGUGGAUCUGGACUAACGGCACGUCGGCUGUGAAACAGUACUAUCUCGGAGGACAACAGCCAAACCUGGUUGCGGUGGACCAAGGGAGCCUGCAGAUCGUGAGCAACUCUACCUCCAUCACCUCCCAAUCAGGGAGUUUGUUCAUGGCAUUCCAGCUGAACACCGCCCAGCCGCAAUCGGCGUUGAUAUAUGCGGUUGGACCAACCGCCGUUUUCCCGUCGGCACCGAGCUACACGUUGACUCAGCACCGCAACCGGGUCUCCACACAGAUAAAUUAUUUUUCAGGGCAGACAACAUCCCAGAGUCCUAGUGCGAACUUAAGGAAGAGCCAUGGAAUACUAAACAUGGUGGGAUGGGGCAUUUUAAUGUUAAUUGGGGGCAUUGUUGCUCGCCACUUCAAGCAGUGGGAUCCAAUCUGGUUUUACUCCCACGUAGCCAUUCAAUCACUUGGGUUCGUAUUGGGACUAAUUGGUGUCAUAUGUGGAUUUGUGUUGGAAGAUCGCCUUUCUGCUCAUGUCCCAACUCACAAAGGCCUUGGAAUCUUCAUUCUUGUGCUGGGUUGUCUCCAGGUGAUGGCAUUUUUGGCUAGACCGAACAAGACAUCAAAGGUGCGCAAAUACUGGAAUUGGUACCAUUACAGUGUGGGGAGGAUUCUAAUGGUAUUCGCAAUAGCAAACAUCUUCUACGGCAUACAUUUAGGUAAGGAGGGGCAUCGAUGGACGGCUGGGUAUGCAGUUGUCAUUGCGCUCUUGUUCCUAAUUGCCAUUGUCUUGGAGAUAAGGAUGUGGAUGACAAAAUAAGUAUAAGAGUUCCUUGUGCAGUUCUCUUGUAACUUAUUUUUGAUUGACUAGUGUUGUACCUUAAAUUUGAUUGGCGCGUACAUUAAUAUACACACUUAUUUAUUAUAUGAUUUGACGCAUCAAUAAUGAGGAUGGUGAUGA